UAUCCCAGUUUUUCUGCAAAUCUCUUAUGGGUUGCAACAGGAAAGCAUAUCGUGUACUUAAGUCAUCAUCUUCGGCCAUUGUCCACGCUCUGAAAAGAGCAAUUAAAUAUUCCCAAAGAAAGCCAAGAAAGAAGACCAGCCCAAACCUACCACCCAAGAAACGCAACUUAUCCGUGGAGUUAAGCGGUCGAGAAAGUUCAAAUGACCGUCUCCCGCGUACGUGGGAAUGCGUAGGCCGCGAAAUACCAACUAGGGACUAG